AUCCUCUGCAAGAUGUUGCUUUGAGUGUUGACAGUUGCUCCUAUGUAGCCGGCAAAGAUGUUAACAUUCGAUUAGCAACUGUUUUAAGGCACGCCAUCAAUGAACUCACUGUGGAUUUCAGUACUACUCUUAAUGGACAUAUUGUACCACUUUACAGCAAACCACUUUGUGAACGAAAUUGGCCCCAGUUUCAAUUCUGUGGAAAGAAGAAAGGAGAAUAUAUUUAUUACUCCGGGCCUGUCUCCCUGAACAUGGAGAACAUCCCACACGGAGAAUUUAAUAUAACAGCUGAGCUCUUCAACGAAGACCAUCACACAAUUAUUUGUGCUGAUUUUUACAUCAGUAAUCGCUGAGAAGUUGCUGUUUGUUGCUUUUUGAGCUGGCAUUGCCUAGACCAGUGCUUCCCAAACUUUUUCAUUCAUUACAUAAGACCACUUAUUAAAAAAAACUUAUUGACUUUUGAGGACCAACUGUUAAGUCCCUUCCUUCAGCACCAUCGUAACUUUGAACGGUCACUGAAGGAAUGGACAUAACUCAAGGACUACCGGUACCAUAAAAGCAUAAAUGAACUUCAUAUGAUUUCAACAGAUUACCAUUUGCAAUUUCAUCCAUUUUUGUUUUUGGGAGAUUUUUGAAUAAAGUUUAAUA